AUGGAAAGACAGGAUUUGCAAUUAUAUCUCGGAAUUCGACGCUCAAACCCAAAUCGAGCCAAUCGUAACACUCAUGUGAAUGAACGUGCGUUUCGAAAAUUGCGUGGCAAGAAGACGAUUCUCAUGGAUCUACCCGAUCACGAGGAACAAAAGGAAUUGGACAGCCUCCCGCCUGAUCGAUUGAGGAUUGAGUUGCUUAAGAAAGGCAUCAACCCGUACAAAGAUAUAUCACCUCGAGUCUGGCAGGAGGCACAAACAACGACUUCUUCUUUUUACGCUGUUAUUGAUCCAUAUGUCACUUUGGAAGAAAAGCUGCCGUUUUGGACGAAUCAACCGAUAGACAACGGCAAAGCAAAAUUCAAGGAACUAACGCAAGCCGGUCUGCACCGCUGGCAUACCUAUAGAAAUGGAACGAGAAGGAUAAAAAACAAAGAGGGAUUUGCAUCUUUUUCGAAAAAAACAUUUGGACCGACCGCAGAACAUGUUUAUGUUGAAGCACACAAGGCUCUGAUGGCAAGGAAUCGGCCAGAACUUUUGAAACUUAUCACCGAGCACGCUUUUCAAAAGAUGUGGCCAGACGUCGAUGAGGGAUCGAUCAAAUGGGAGCUCGUCGAGGUUCUUGAACCGCACCAAGUUGUCUCCGUUCGCUGCUCGGAUAUGCCAUACCAAUCGGGCAACGACAUAGCACAGGUCACUGUGCGUAUGCACACAAAGCAAAAGUUGGCGCUCUAUGAUCGAUUCGGAAAAUUGAUUUUGGGCUCAGAAACGCAGCCGCGUGAAGUUGUCGAAUACGUGGUGUUUGAAAACCACAUUGCGGUCGUCGAUGGAACGUGGCGGUUACACGACAAGGAUGAAGAUCGGCCAAACUCGGCACAUUCUUCAAAAAGUUCUACUCCAUCGGAAAGGUCACCACAAAGUCGUAAACAAGUGCCGAUUAGCAGCGAUGAAGAAUCAGUUCCUUCUCACCGUUCACCUUCAAACUCUCCAGACAAUGAUCAUAUUUCUCCAACCAAAAAACGUGUAAUUGAAACAUCGGACGAAGAGGACGAUGUUGAGCCUAAACAAUCGCAAGAUUCACAAUUGUUCGGAGAUGAUAUGUCUUCAUCAAAUUCUGAGGCUGAUAACAACGAUCUGGAAGAGGGAAGGGAACAAGACCACGAAGGCACACCACCAGAUGGUGAAGAAGAGGAUAAAACUCCAGCAGUCAUCCAGGCCGUUUCUUCUAAAACGGACAUAGAUCUGGGAGAGAAGAUUGUCUUUGUCAAACUGCCAAACUUCCUUUCACUUGAGGCAAAGGCUUUCGACCCUGAAGAUUUCUCCGACAGCGAAGAGGAGUUAGCAGACGAAGAAGGACGACAAAGGCUCAAACUCAAGCUAGAAAAUACAAUUCGUUGGAGGAAAGUGGCCAAAGAAGAUGGUACGGAACAGUAUGAAAGCAACUCAAAGAUUGUCAAAUGGUCGGACGGAACCAUGUCACUUUAUCUUGGUGGUGAGAUUUUCGACAUUGAAAUGCGCCCGAUGCUUGACCACAAUCAUCUUUAUCUUCGUCAAGGUGCUGGAUUGAUUGGACAAGGAGUAUUUGAUGAGCGAUGUACUUUCAGACCUCAUUCAACAGAUUCGAAGACUCACAGAAAGGUUACUAUGUCGAUGGCAGAACGCACGCGGAAGGGUGCUCAGAUCAAGAUGAUUGCUGAUUCUGGAUUGAACCCAGAAAAGAUCCGACAGGAAACCGUCCGCAAGGAAGAAGAACGGUAUCGUCAAGCAAUUCGUGCACAGUUUGCAACGCAGGCACGAGGUCGUCGUGAGCGCGACUUUCGAACUUAUCAUGGGGAAGAGGAUGAUUAUGAUCCUGAAUCGCUUUCUUCUAUUAAACGACGAUAUCAAGACGCCCCAAUUAUUGGACCUAGCGAGAGUGAGAGUGAAACCGAAUCUAAUCGCGGAGACAACCAAAAUAAUUCUUCGGAUUCAGAUGCGGAAUUCCGACGCAACAAAGCUCAACGGAAGAAAAUGAUUGUCGAUGACGACAGCGAU